GGCAGUCACUCCAAGAGACCAAAGCUAAACACUGUGUGCAGGAAAACCAGUGUUGCCAGAGCCUGAGAAGAGACAGAAUGGGGUUCUCAGAGUUACUUGGAACCAUUGGGGGAAUGGGGCGCUUCCAGUUCCUACUGACUGCCCUGAUGAGCAUUCCUGGGAUACUGUUUGUCUGUCAUACUAUACUACUAAACUUCACUGGAGUGGUACCAGAACACCAUUGCCAGCUCCAGAACCACACAAGUCCCGAGUCUCCUCUCCUGGGAGAUGGCAGAGAUGGGACACUGAGAGUCUACAUUCCCAUGGAUAAGGCUGGGAAGCCGGAGAUGUGCCUCAGGUUCACUGAGCCUCAGUGGCAGCUCCUGAAUGCAAAUGUCACAGAAGAGGCAAGACCAGCCACUGAAGACUGCCUGGAUGGAUGGGUCUAUGACAAGAGUGUCUCCUCCUCCUCCAUUGUUACUGAGUGGGAUCUGGUAUGUGAAUGGAAGUCACUGAAAUAUGUUGCUCAGAUAAUAUACAUGGGAGGACAGCAGGCAGGAACUGUCAUGUUUGGGAUACUCUCUGACAGGCUUGGGAGGAGAACAAUGCUGCUGUGGUCCUCUCUGAUGGCCACAAUUACGGGCACCUGUACAGCUCUUAUGCCCUCCUUUGCUGGAUAUGUCAUAUUCCAAUUCCUCACUGGUGCUGGAACAAUGGGCCUCCUCCUCACUUCAAACUGCCUGACCUUAGAGUGGACGCCUACUGGGAAAAGGAUCUUUGUGAAUGCUUGUAAUACAUAUGCCUUCACUAUCGGACAAAUAGUCGUGGCUGCAUGGGCCUACCUGGUCCAAGAAUGGCGCUGGCUGCAGUUUUCCAUUUCCAUCGCAUGUGGGAUCAUUGUUCUCUUCUCCCUGGUCCUCCCAGAAUCUGCUUGUUGGCUCAUCACUCACAACAAACUCCACACGGCUAUGAAGAGCCUUCAGAAGGUGGCAUGGAUAAAUGGGCACAAGGAAGAAGGGAGGAAGCUCACUCCAGAAGGCAUAAUGUCCCACAUUCAGGAGGACCUUACAACUGUGAAGCCAACGUCUCAUCUCAGAGACCUUUACAGGACUCCAGGAAUAUGCAAGAUCACAUUGAGUGUCCUCUUUGCAUGGCUUUCUCGUGGAUUCUCCUUUUAUGGACUGGUUUUGGACUUGCAGAAAUUUGGGUUCAGCAUUUACUUGGUCCAAGUACUAUUUGCACUCAUAGAUUUCCCAGCAAGGCUGCUAACAGCCAUUAGCUUGUCCUACAUGGGACGCCGCUUCACCUUAAUCUUCUGUACAGUUUUCUCUGGACUCAUGACCCUCAUUGGCAUAUUUGUGCCUCAAGAUCUGACUGCUCUUAGGAUGACACUUAGUGUUCUUGGAAAAGGAGGUUUAGCAGGUGCCAUUUCAAGUGAUUUCCUUUACACAUUGGAACUCUACCCAACUGAAAUCAGGCAGAUAGGAAUGAGUGUUGGUGUUUUUGCUUCCCGUGUUGGCUCCCUACUAGCUCCUGUUGUUUUCAUCAUUGGCAUCUAUAUCCCUAUUCUACAGCCCCUGUUGUUUGGAAUAGUGCCCCUCCUUUCUGCCAUUGCUAUCUCAUUCCGGAUUGAGACCCGUGGUCUCCCACUGCUGGAUACCAUCCAGGAGACAGAGAACAGGAUAAAGAAGGCACAAUCUCUGAAAGGAAAUGUCAGUAAAGAUGUACAAGAGGGACCAGCCUUUCUUCUCCCAGAAAUGUCACCAGCUGAGAGUACAGUUUAAUGCUUUCUUGUGGUCCCUCAACCAUAAUCCCAAGAGACUCCAGUGUCUGGAUGCAGCUUCGUCAUUUUUCCUUGUUGCGAAAGGAAAUUGACCUUGUUUAGACUGAGAGUGGAUUCUCUGACUGCUGAAAGGAUGGAGAAAAGGUGGCCUGAUAGAACUUCUCUGCAAUUCAAUAUACGGAAUAAAAUACUACUUGUUAAACAUCAUGCUUCAAAAUGAAACCAAUAAAAAAUGGAUAG